AUGGUCAUUGUGCCACAGCUCACUGAUGUGAACACGCCACAGCUCCCUGAUGUGAACACGCCACAGCUCACUGAUGUGAACACGCCACAGCUCCCUGAUGUGAACACGCCACAGCUCCCUGAUGUGAACACGCCACAGCUCACUGAUGUGAACACGCCACAGCUCACUGAUGUGAACACGCCACAGCUCACUGAUGUGAACACGCCACAGCUCCCUGAUGUGAACACGCCACAGCUCCCUGAUGUGAACACGCCACAGCUCCCUGAUGUGAACACGCCACAGCUCCCUGAUGUGAACACGCCACAGCUCCCUGAUGUGAACACGCCACAGAUCCCUGAUGUGAACACGCCACAGCUCACUGAUGUGAACACGCCACAGCUCACUGAUGUGAACACGCCACAGCUCCCUGAUGUGAACACGCCACAGCUCACUGAUGUGAACACGCCACAGCUCCCUGAUGUGAACACGCCACAGCUCCCUGAUGUGAACACGCCACAGAUCCCUGAUGUGAACACGCCACAGCUCACUGAUGUGAACACGCCACAGAUCCCUGAUGUGAACACGCCACAGCUCACUGAUAACUACUACAUCUUCUUCAUCAUCUUCUUCUGUUGUGUCUCUGUAGCCAUCGAGACCCAGAGCACCAGUUCUGAGGAGCUGGUCCCAAGUCCCCCGUCCCCCCUGCCCCCGCCCCGUGUCUACAAGCCCUGCUUCGUGUGCCAGGACAAGUCCUCGGGGUACCACUAUGGUGUCAGCGCCUGCGAGGGCUGCAAGGGUUUUUUCCGUAGAUCCAUCCAGAAGAACAUGGUGUACACGUGUCACCGGGACAAGAACUGCAACAUCAACAAGGUGACCAGGAACCGCUGUCAGUACUGCCGGCUCCAGAAGUGCUUUGGCGUGGGCAUGUCCAAAGAGUCUGUCAGGAACGACCGCAAUAAGAAGAAGAAGGAGAGUCCCAAGCCAGAGCUGACAGAGAACUACGAGCUGAGUGCAGAACAAGAGGCCAUCAUAGAGAAGAUACGCAAGGCUCAUCAGGAGACGUUCCCAUCGCUCUGCCAGUUGGGGAAAUACACCACGAAGUCGAGUGCGGAACAACGCGUGAGGCUGGACCUGGGGCUGUGGGAUAAGUUCAGUGAGCUGGCUACUAAGUGCAUUAUAAAGAUCGUGGAGUUUGCCAAACGAGUACCUGGUUUUACAGGACUCACCAUAGCUGACCAGAUCACGCUGCUUAAAGCUGCCUGCCUCGACAUACUGAUUCUGCGUAUCUGUACGCGGUACACUCCUGACCAGGACACCAUGACGUUCUCAGACGGGCUGACCCUGAACCGGACCCAGAUGCACAACGCAGGCUUCGGCCCGCUCACCGACCUGGUGUUCACCUUCGCCCACCAGCUGCUGCCUAUGGAGAUGGACGACACAGAGACAGGCCUGCUCAGUGCCAUCUGCCUCAUCUCUGGAGACCGGCAGGACCUGGAGGAGCCCUCUAAGGUCGACCAGCUCCAGGAGCCUCUACUGGAAGCUCUGAAGAUCUACGUGCGGAAGAGGAGGCCCAGCAAGCCACACAUGUUCCCCAAGGCCCUGAUGAAGAUCACUGACCUCCGCAGCAUCAGCGCCAAAGGUGCGGAGCGGGUCAUCUCGCUGAAGAUGGAGAUCCCUGGCUCCAUGCCUCCUCUGAUCCAGGAGAUGCUGGAGAACUCAGAGGGACAAGAUGGCCAGAGCAGCACCCAGGGCGAGGAUGGCAGCAGCCCCAAGAAGGGCACCCCUAAGGGGGGUACGGGGGGUAAACCCUCCCCUCUGUCCCCUGACCCCUCAGACAGCGAUGGGCCCACAGUGGCCCCUGAGGAGGAAGAGGACCCCUAGGUCCCCGUGGAACUCAAGGGCCUCUCAGACAGACACUCUAUCUGACAUUCCUUUGCACAAAAAAAACUAAAAAUAGGUCGACAGCCAGGCAUGGUGGACCCCCUCUCCUCCUCCCCUCAGGCCUUCGGUCCCUUGGUGACCACCAACACCUUUGCUUGUUCUUAUGUUUUCCUUUAUGUUUGUUUUUUCCUUCUCUCUCUUUAUCUCUUCAUUUCCUCUUAAAAAACGACAGCACUAAGGCCUAAAAGGACCAGUUGUUGGUUUGUGUAUAAUUAUAAAUUGAUUGAGGUUGUGUCUCGGGACUAGGGUGUGAUUGGUUGAGUUGGGUUUGACCCCGUCUGGCCACACCCACUUACCUGUACACAAAGGUCAUAGGUCAUCCUCCUCAGGUCUCCUGUGUAAAUUCAUCCCUGCAUGACGGGCUUGCCGAGUUUAAUGCGUGGUUAUAAUCUCCCUCUCUCUCUCUCUCAUAUUGUUGAAUACAUUGUACAUACCAUUGUAUGGUUAGAAAUCUCUGUUUCUAUGAUGAAUUUUGUGGUGCUUUUUUCAUUGUCUUAAAUAUUAUAGUUUGAGGCGAAAGAGUACGUACAUGACAAGGUUUAAAGGGGGGCCUAAAAUAUAAGGUCCUAUACAAAAACAGUUACAUAGAAUGUUCUUGCAUAUAGACAGUCUGGAAGACUAAUACUUUAUAUUUGUUCCUAUAUUUAAUGUUUGUUUUUUGGUCUUUUAUGACUCUUUAUGUUGAUGUCUCGUUGAGUGUACAUUGCAUUCACCAUAAAGCCCGUUAGAGGUUUCUCUCCCGUAUCAGCGGCUGCAUCUCUUCAGCUGUUUCCUCAAGGGGGGAAGCCAGACUGUAGAGGCCAUAGAUAUACAAUGACUAGAUUGAAUCUAGAUGUUCAAUUACUAGAUUGGAUCUGUCUACCGCAGAUAACAGCUUGUAAUGUAAUGUACAGGGUUUCUGAGGCUAAAAGGCUUCUGAGAUUUUAUCAGAAAAUGACAUUCCAAGAGACAAACCAAGCAGUCUUAACCAGUGAAAUCUCUCUGCUUAAAGAUAAGGGUUGAGCAACACUCAUUGACAAAGACUUUACUUAACCCAAACUUGCACCACUGAGAAACUUGUUUUAAGAUGAAUUUGGUUAUACAGUAUAUUUGAAGUUCCCUCGCAAUUCUCUUGAAAAUUCUCCACCAUCUAUGCAGAGAAAUGCAUUCGUAUUAUAGUAAAAAUCUAAAUUGUUUCUCUGAUGCAGUUUCAAUCUAGUAAGUGUACAUUUAUGGCUAACGACAACUACAAGCAUCUGGGCAACACAAAACGCACAUUGGGUUCUGGUCCAGGGAGUCCUGUACCCCCAGAAUCACUACCUACCCCUUAUAUACAUACAGAAGGGUCUUGUUUUGGCAGUAAAACACAGGGACAAUGCAAUCCUUAAAAAUACAUAUCCAUGAGCUAACCACAUGGCCGGGAAGAUUGUACACUAGACUAAUGUCUGGGAUUCUAGACCCCACUAGGCAUUCCUAGUUCUACAGACAGAAUGACUGACUGUUGCCUUGUUCCUCAGGCGGUCUCGUGCAAAACCACAGUGAUGCAAAUGAGAUUCUUUACAUAUGACCCUUAGCCCCUAAAACGUGCAGUAAGCUCGGGUAGUGUUCAUUCGGGGUGUUCAGAUAGAACUAUAUUAUGUAGACAUGCGCUUCUCUGUCAUGUAGAAUAGGGAAUCAUGUCAGUUCUGUAACAAGACAUUUCUAUCUGUAACGUUACCUCCUGAAUGCAGCAGUGUUUUCUGUCCCACAUCGGCCACUGCAACAGCCCUCCUGAUCUUAUGAAUAUAUUCUUAGUAAAGCUGUUUUUCAUCAGCACCUAAGGGAUAGAUUCAAUCCGUAGCGCUGAAGAUCUGCUGUAUACUGGGAUUCAAAUUUAAAGGCAACGUUCCCGCGUUUACAGAGACUGCAUUCACGUUAAUCGCUGCAUAUGUCGGCUCAAUUGGAAAUGACCUUUAACUUUCAAUUGCGUUGUAUACCACUGAUAUGAGAAUUCUGUUCUCCUGUUCAUUAACCAACUCAAUUUCAUUACUCAGUCUGCCCUAUCAGGAUUUCUAUGAUACUGAUAGACAUGAAACAGACAGAGGCCCAGUCUACAAUAGUUAAAUGUUUAUUCACGGAACGUUCUGACGUGCACAGUACAAAGACCUUCAAUUUAUAGUGACACACAUACUUCCACACAAACCAUCAAACCCGCCCACCAAUAGAGAUUAGGGGAGUCCGUGAGAAUAGCAUCUUCCUGCCCUCCCCUAAGAUAGGGAGAGACCUGGGACUGGCAAGUUCUCAGUGUCCCAGCCAAGGUCGACCCCGAAUCUGGCUCAGACAGACAGUCUGUUAUCAGAAUACUAGACACAUUGUCCCCAAAACGUUGAUUCUGACUAAGAACUACACUCCAGGUUAUAUUAUUAUUCCACUGACUAAAACCACACACAGUAUUAUAAUAAUCUAAUGAUUCUAACACUUACACACAUGCAUUAUAAUAAUCUAAUGAUUCAAAACAAUUUCAUACAAUCACAUGGUUUCAGACUUAUGGUUUCAGGAGUGUAAUAUUCUAAUCAUUUAUUAAAACACAUUUCCUUAUCAACCGCAGAUCUUCACCUCUAUGGAUUGAAUCUAGCCAUAAAUCACUGAAUAGGAUUUGGACACUAUUUAGAAAGUUAAUAGCCUAGACACAUUGAAUAUUACUCAGUUUGUUCCUUUGUUGUGAAGUGAAACAGAGUGAUAUUCAGUGUGGAAGCCAGGCUAGGAAGUUAAUACUCCAGCCAGGAAGAACUAGGACCUCUUCAGGCCCUUAUCACCUGUCCUAGCAAGGAUAAGGAUAGAUAAUAUUGUUUACUCAGAUGUUGACUCGUUACUCAACUGUAGCACAAAGGCAUUAAUUCUCAUAGCACUUAAAAAUCUUGAAUCUUGAAUAUGUAGCCAAUACAAUGUUAAGGGUGAUGGUCAUAUAGAAUAUUCUUUCUCACUCUUAUGGGUAAUAAUAAUUUGGCAUAAACUAUGGGUGAUUAUUGAGUUCAUCACAGAGGUAUACUGAUCAGAAGGUUCUUUAUUCUGAAUGGAGGCAAAAGUCAUUGAUGAACCACAAGGGAAUAGAUGACCACUAUAGUCAGUCAGCUAGAACCAAGGUUAGGGUCAAUUCCAAUUUAAUUCUUCCAGUUUAUGAAUGGACUGACUUGAUAUGGAAUUGACCCCAACCCUGGCUAGAACCCUCCAGAAACAUCUCACACACAACCAUCUCCUCCAUAUCUGUCCCACACAUACAUAUCUUAAGGGGAAAACAAAACUGUCUCAGUUUACCAUGUUUGAAUGUGAAUAUGUUGUUGAGGAGUUACAUAGGAAUGAUAUGCAGUGUUAAAGGAAUACUUACUUUAAAGCAGCGUUUCGUCAAAUUAAUUGCAUCUCAUAGUAUGUUUGGAAAAAAGGAAAUACUCUCUUUCCCUCUCUGUCAGGGAGAGAAGAAUGUAGGGGGAAACAAUCCUGGUGGCUCAUCACAAGACCAGAGUGGGUGAAUCUCAAUAGUCUUCCCUACAUUCCUAUCCAACUUCUCAAAACACAUUGACGGAAAGGGUGCAGAACCUCAGACGUUCUCCGCCAAUGUGUGUUGUUGAGGAGGUGAGGAAUCAACAAAAAACGUUUAGAGUUUUACCCUGAGUUAUUUCACAGCUGAAGAAUGUCUACAUCCAACUCCCUAAAGUGUCGCUGCCUACCGGCAACAGGUGACACGGCAGGGAACUCGAUCCAUUCCACAAUACUGAAUUUACUACGUUGAUUUCUGUUGAAUGUUGUACCGAUGUAACUGUUAAUAUUUACUACUAUCUCACUGCAGACUUCUCCAUGUAUUAGAUGGUGUGUGUGUGUAGUGUGCAUUGCAUUUCAAUGAAUGGCAGCGCUUAGCUACCUGACCUCUGAGCUUCAUCUCAUAGCCAGCCCCUCUUGGGUAGCAGCUGCUCACCUCCACACCAAGUGGUCCACCAAGUGGACUCAGAACCUGAGCAUGGUUCACAAAAUUCCAGAACUGUUCCCAAAAUGCCCUUUUUUUUUUAAAGGAAUCACGGUUGGAGGUUUUUCGGAAUCUGGAGGUGAUAAGCUAAAGGAAAUUCCAACGUGGAACACUUUUUGCUUUGUUUUUUAAAUUUUAAAUCCUAGUUGCCCCCAAUGUCAUCGAUGAUCAAACGACAGAGAUGCUUUCCGCUCUUUAGUUGGAAUGCCAAGCAGCUGUCACAAUCAACCAAUCAACUGACAGCAAUUUAGUUAAGUCAAUAACGGAAUAAGAUCAAUAGAUGUGGAUCGCGUUCAGGACGGGAGCAAUUUACUAAACAUCGCAGAUAGAAAUACACUGAAUAGAGCUAGCAUGAAUAGAGCUACCAUACUCUACAAAUCAGUGGUGUAUGUUCUACGCAACAUAUUUCUAUCCGAAUGUACCACAAUGCUGUGUGCCCUACUGAACGGGGCUCAUGAUCCAACUAUUCCGUAGAAGCCAGAGAGAACAUGAUUGUGAACCUCAAAUUUCACCAACGAAGCAGCUCUGUUGUUAUGCCUGUUCAAAAAGUGUCAAUGUUCAAAAGUUGAACAUUUACAGAUAAUGUAUGAUUGCCAUUGUUAUGAGAAAAAUAUCAUUGUCAUCAUAUAUGCAGUGUUGUAUAGUUAUUAUGAAGAGACAUGAUCAAAUUAUGGUUGAGGUUUCUUUGGCUUACUGGACUUGAGGGUGGGCGGGGCAGCAGGGAGGGGUUGUCAUGGUGAUAAUACAUUUACCCAGAACCUCCUGCUGGCCUGGUGGGAAGAGGGCAGGAAGUCCUUAUACAGAGUUUUACAGUGAGCUUCUAUCUUGUUUUCAUUCUCCAUUUUCAAUAGUCUGUACAUUAACAAUGCUUUUUAUGUUAAUAUACUGUUUAACUUUACCAUGAAAUGUCCUGGCAAAGUAAUACAAAUAUAUUUAUUUUAAAAUA